CGGCGAAAAAGCUUCAGAUCUCAGUAUGGAGGGAUCAGAAUCUCGGAACAAACUACAUUCCCGAUUACGCCUAUGGGAGUUCCCCGAUCAGUACGUGAUCGAGCCAGCUGAUGGCUCAGGCGCUCCCUGUCUAGACAUCAGCCGCGUCGACGCUUCCAUGAAGCUCAUCGAUCAAGUCUCGGAAUGCAAAUCCUUGCGUGUUCCUAAAAUCCAUUUGAUAUCUGGUGUGGUUGGGAUUUUAAAGCUUCUUGCAGGAUCGUAUUUGGUGGUUGUGACGGAGAGUGAGCGGGUUGGGUUGUUUCUAGGGCAUCCUAUUUUUAAAAUUAGGUCGUUGAAGGUUCUUCCUUGUGAUCAUUCACUUAAGAACUCUCCUGAAGAACAGGUAAAGAAAGAGAAUAAAAACUCUGUUGUAUCAGUUUUGGUGUUAGUAGUAAUGAUGGAUUUUGACUGUCAACGAGCAUUCUGGCAGAAAAAGAUGGAGUCUGAGUUCUCCAAGCUUCUUAGUGUCGCAGAAAAGACUACUGGGCUCUACUUCUCAUAUGAAGUUAACUUAACACUGAGCUCGCAGCGCUUGCAUGAUUUGGGUGCUGAGUCUAAGUCGCUUCCUUUGUGGAGACAGGCUGAGCCGAGGUUUCUUUGGAAUAAUUACAUGUUGGAAGUUCUUAUCGAUAACAAGCUUGAUCAGUUCCUGCUUCCAGUAAUUCAAGGGAGUUUUAGUAGUUUUGAAACAGCUAUUGGAAAAGAUAUUGUUGACAUUACUCUGAUUGCAAGAAGAUGCACUCGGAGAAACGGUACACGUAUGUGGCGAAGAGGAGCUGAUCCUGAUGGCUACGUUGCAAAUUUUGUGGAGACUGAGCAAAUUGUACAGAUGAAUGGAUAUUCGUCAUCAUUUGUUCAGGUCAGAGGAUCGAUGCCUUUUAUGUGGGAGCAAAUCGUAGAUCUGACUUACAAGCCCAAGUUUGAGAUUGUCCAACCUGAAGAAGCUACGCGGAUAGCUGAGCGUCACUUUUUGGACCUAAGGAAAAAAUAUGGAUCAGUUUUGGCAGUUGAUCUUGUCAAUAAGCAUGGAGGUGAGGGGCGCUUAAGUGAGAAGUUUGCUAGUAUAAUGCAGCACAUUACUGGCGAUGAAAUAAGAUACCUGCACUUCGAUUUCCAUCGCAUCUGUGGGCACAUUCAUUUUGAGCGCUUAUCAAUUCUGUACGAGCAGAUUGAGGGUUUUCUUGAACAAAAUGGGUACUUUCUGGUAAAUGAAAAAGGUGAUAAGAUGAAGGAGCAGCUUGGUGUAGUCCGAACAAACUGCAUAGAUUGCUUAGACCGUACAAAUGUCACCCAGAGCAUGAUCGGUCGAAAGAUGUUAGAACUUCAACUCAAAAGGAUUGGUGUUUUUGGCGCUGAGGAAACCAUCAGCUCGCAUCUGAAUUUUGACGAGCGCUACAAAAUAUUAUGGGCUAAUCACGGUGAUGACGUUAGCAUUCAGUACUCUGGUACUCCUGCACUUAAAGGAGAUUUCGUCAGGUAUGGGCAUCGGACUACCCAAGGUGUCCUUAAAGAUGGUUGGAGCUCCCUCGUACGCUACUACCUGAAUAACUUUGCUGAUGGAACUAAGCAGGAUGCGAUUGAUCUCCUGCAAGGGCACUACAUAGUUGCUAUGAGCAGAGACAUGGCUCCUGUGCCUCAAAAGGGAGGCCUCGAGGCUGUAGCCAACUUCCCAGUGGCAUUGGCGGUGGUUCUGCUCAGUUUCUGGUUUGCAACAAUGGCUCUGAAGCAAGCUGGGAGUGAUUAUAAGCAUAGGCACUUGUUCUUCUCGCUCCUGUGGACGGGCAUCUGCGUGGGUGUCGCAGCACUGGUUAGGGCCAAUGGACGGAUCUUCUGCAACCGGCCACGUCUCCACAAACCCAGAGGCUGAUUCAUCUUCUUCUCCAUUCGUGGGUGACCAUUGUGAUCACUAACUACAACACGGGGUUCAAGUCAGAGCCAAAAGUUUCCUCCGUUUAUUUUUUUUCUUUUUGUAUCAAUGUUGGACCUUGUGACGCCAUCUAGAGGCAAUUGUCUCAGGUGGUUGACACCUUACUUUUUGACACCGAUUACGUGAAUCUUAAUUCAUUUUCGUUCUUUGUUUACUCAGAGGCUGAUAAAUUGUCUCGAAUGACUACCCACAAGUCUCCCAAAUUCAACUUCACCAACAUGAACAGAAGCAAGAAGAGUAAAAGGACCGGUAUUAGUAAUAACUAUCUCAAACAUAAUGACCUGAUUCUUUGUCAAGUAGUCUUAAAAAGCACAAAGAUCAAAGACGUUAACUUGUUUUCUUGGACGACGCUCUCUAUCUUGAUAUUUUGGUUUAGACUCAAAGCUAGAAAAGGCAUUCUUCAGGACGCAGUUAAGUGAAGCAUAUCUAGGCAAGAAAUGUGUGGCUGGCUGCUCUGCGAGUAAGAGUUGCUUCACUAAUCAUUUAUUCAUGUGUAAGUCCUUUGUGACAAUUUUGUAGAGUGAGGAGUGGAAUUUGAUGUUUAUUUGACCCAU